UUGGUCAGAUGUCACAUGCGAUUCCUUGCGUGAGAGCCUGCUGAUUGGUCGUUAAUUCACGUUCUUUUCUCCUGAUUGGCCAGAACUUCCCGCCCCUGUUCCUGCGCCUCCAAUCUGUAGCCUAGCGGGUGACUGCGGCCCUUGUGAUUGGCUGGCCGGGAUCAUGGCGAGGACGGCGCACGGAGGAGCCGACAGUGACCCCCGGCUCUGCCCGAUGGCCGAGGAGGGAAAGCUGCCGGAAAGCGGGUGGCAGGAGCGGCCGGAGCCCCCGAGGUGGGGCCCCCAGCACGCCGGGGCCAGGGAGCUAGCGGAACUUUACUCCCCAGGGAAGAGGCUACAGGAGUGGAUUUCUGUCAUCCUCUGCUUCCUCCUGAUGUCCUUCAAUUUCUGCAACCUGGUCCGAUACUUCAGCAUUGAACACACGGCCAGCAUUGUCCUCAGCGUUGUUGCAGGGAUUGUGACGGCUGACUUUGCCUCCGGGCUGGUGCACUGGGGAGCAGACACCUGGGGCUCUGUGGAGCUGCCGAUUGUGGGGAAGGCCUUUAUCCGACCCUUCCGAGAGCAUCAUAUCGAUCCCACAGCUAUUACCAGGCACGACUUCAUUGAAACCAAUGGAGAUAAUUGUAUGCUGACGAUUAUUCCUCUAGGCUGCAUGGCCUACAAAUUCCUCUUCCUCUCUCCAGAUAACCUCUAUAGGUCGUAUGCCACUGAAUGUUUUAUCUUUGCUCUGGCAAUGUUCGUGACACUCACCAACCAGAUUCACAAGUGGUCUCACACAUACUUUGGUCUUCCUUCCUGGGUGGUCUUCCUUCAAGACUGGCACGUCAUCCUACCCCGCAAGCACCACCGCAUCCACCAUGUGUCUCCACACGAGACUUAUUUCUGCAUUACGACAGGUUGGCUGAACUAUCCUCUAGAGAAGAUCGGAUUCUGGAAACGCCUUGAAGACCUCAUCCAUAGCCUGACAGGUGAGAAGCCUCGAUCAGACGACUUGAAGUGGGCUCAGAAAGUGAAGUAACCUCCAGCCAGCUCAGUCUGCUCUUCUAACAGUUGCCAACCUAUAAAACCAUAAAAGUGAAAACUAAAAGCCAUUAGCCAAAUAUAUAAAAGACUGAAGUGGAAUUAACGGACUAAUAAGCACAAAAUGAGAUUGUGCUGAUCUCCGGAAGACUCUAAUCCAAGGACUCGCACUCCUCGCUCCCAGGCGGCGCUCCUUCCUCUCCCUCUCAAGCAGCUGACAGGACUUUCCUUUUUUCUCUUUUUUUUUUUUUUACGCUGGUGUCCUACAUGACCUUUCACCUUGCUGAGCAUCAUGUGACAUCCACAUGAGCCAGAAAAGAGGAAGAUUGUACUAUCUUGCACUAUGGAGACUAUCAGUGAAGUCGAUAACAUUUGUUGUAUCAACAUGAAAUCUGCCGCCGUGGGAAAGCCUGAGGCAAAGAGUAGAUUUAUUUUUGUUGCUGUGCCGUGGAUACGUAUUUUUUUUUCCAUUGGUGGAGAAGGGCUAUAGGUGCAUGAUACUGACAGAGCAACUUCACAGCCUCCAGAUCGUCCAGCAUCUCCAUCACACUGCACUGCUCUUCUCCCCACUGAAGCCAUCUUCCCACUUUGCUGAAAGCAAAUCCUUCAUACACAUACCUCCUGACUGCUUGUGACAAGGGGGGCAAGACUAUGGCAGUGCACAGUGACUUUUUUUUUUUUUUUUAAACUAGGCAACAAAUCAAUAAAACUUGCAGCUGAUAAGUAGCAGCAAUCCUGUAAUUGCAAGUGAACAGUGCGGGAAGGUGAUAGAGGAAGGGCAAGUGGCACAGGUAGGCAGCAGAGCGGAGGUAGUAGAGAAAGGGGAGCAGGCAGAGGACGAUGGAUCGGGUGGGAAAGCAUCAGAGGAUGACAGAGCACUGUGGGGAAGUGGUAAAGGAUAGGUAAGCUCAGGAGGGAGGAGAGGAUGCGUCACCUGUUAACCCACAAGACCCCAGGAAGUCUGUGCUGAAGACACAGAGAGGGCUUUACUGUGUAAAGAAUAAAGGGGAGUAGAGAAAAUGUAGCAUUAUACAGGCAGAGUCUUCUAGAACAGAGUUGGUUGAUCAGCAUCUUAUAUCCGUUUACACUUAUAGGACACAGGACUGAGCCUUACUCGGGCAGACAUCUGUUCAGCUCCCUGUGACAUUUGUGUCUACACUGCUCCUUAAGGUUGUAAACCCAACACCUUCCAUUUUCUUCUGUCCAGAUUGUCGCAGGUUGUAAGGAGUCUGUGCCAAGUGCCAAUUACUGCUUCCUUGCUCUCCAGUACUGUGUCUAGGGCCAGGAGAAAUCUUGAAACACCCAACAGUGAUCACUGUAAAAUGCAACGUUUGGCAGCCUUCUAAUAGAUCAGUUACUUACACUUUUUUAAGAUCUGUUUGAGGAGAUGGAAAAAAUGAGGGAAAUUCUUAUUUAUAUCUUAAUGCAGUAAUACCAUCCAGAUUAUGUCCAGCUAACACAGGAGGAGCACUCAUUACAGUGUAUCAAAGAUAAGUCCAUUAUCUGACGGCAAGCAGUUGAAAGUUGUGCAAUACUGAUUCCAAAACACUAUUACAAGGUUGCAGAACAUUUCAUAAUACAAUGAAGAAAACAUUCAGGGACCAGGGCCCCUCCUGUAGCCUUAGGGCUGUAUAAGACCUGCCAAGCAGGCUCAGAUAAUGAGCACCAAUCUUGUAGAUCAGCUCACGUUUAAUGAACCCUUACGUGGCUAGACCAUCGUGCGGGCAGGGCCUCAGGAGUGACUGCUGGAUCACUUGUAUGACCCUUUCUAUCAUUCGUCGGCUGUAAAUCUUCAUGUGCAAUAGGAGAUGUGCAGCUGCUGAAUGGUGGAUGGAAAGAUCCAUCUAAACAAUCAAGCACUCAUUCUUGCUGCCAAGCCUGCAUGGCCUUGUAUCAGCCUGUCCAGCCAUUGAUGUAUGUGAAUGCAGCCCUUUGAGUCGGGAAUUAUCAGGGCAGAGAAGGCAACUUUUGACAGUCAUUAGAUUAGAUUGAGUCACCUGGCCAUUGCUCUAUGCAACUCCCAUAGGCCUGGAUUACUCCCUCAUCAUUUUGAGUCUAUCCACCUUCUCUGUAAUAACAUUACAGAUUUAUGUUCCUAUUGCGAUGACUUUUUGUGAUCCUCAAACUGGUCCUGACUGUUGAAGUUUAGUCUCUUGUUAUGCAUUAGACUGUUGGUCUCCAACCUGUGGUUCUCCAUCAUGCCCUGACAGCCGUGCUGAUACUUUGUACCCUAGUAUUGCAUCAUGCAAAGGCAUAGACUGGUCAUCCGUGGAUUUUUGAAUGUGAACAUGAUUGGGUUUUGUGGUCGCUCGCGUGUUACAUCAUUUAACCAUUUCACCAGUGGCCGCAGCCUCGCCCCACAACAGCCCGGCCAUCAUACAUAUCAGUCUGCACAUUGUAUCUCCUAUUAACCUUGAAUCGCUUUCCUAAAAACUUGUUCCAUAUGCGGGCGAGCCUGUCCAGCAACAUAACAACAUGAUCCUGUGUGUGGUACAGAUCGAUGGUCAUUUUUGGGUGCUUCUCUUUCUGUUUUUUCUUUCCUUAAUAUAAAGCCUUAAGAUCUUGACUUUUUCUGCAGAAUGAGGAAGAAUUAUAAUUUCAUGUUCUAAAUGUAAAUAUAUUUAUAACGAAAAAAAAGAUUAGACAUUACUAACAGAUUGUGGAAACUU